AUGCUUGUGGCCAGUUUCUCUGGGAUAAGUGUGGCUUUUGCCACUCUAAGCAAGCGAGUGGCUGCUCUGAUCGGUAAUGCCAUCUCGCUCUCACUCCUUCCCCCGGCUGUCAAUUGUCCCGAUCUGGACAACGGUAACACGACUAUCGCUUACGCGACUGCACCUCGAUGCUCGUAUCCAUGGGUACGAGAUUAUGUGUACAUCUAUGUGGAUGAUCCGUGCGAUGCGUACAAAGAAUUCGCCAUGCUGGGAGCAUUCAGUUUCCUACUGGUCACCAUGAAUAUUCUCCUCAUUCUGGUCACCGGAUACACUGUGAAUACGGUAUGUGUGUGUGUGUGUGUGUGUGUGUGUGUGUGUAUGAUUUCGCUAUCACUCAAUCAUAUUCGAUCAAAUAUUGAAAAACUUAACUGUUUUCUAAAUUUCCAAGUAACGGAAUGUUUACGCUCGUUUUGCCCCUCUCGUGUGCGACCUGUUUACCGUAAUGUAACUAAAUCGAUCGUCUCCAAACGGAAUUGCCACAGUCCGGAUGGGCAGAUUGUGCAAAAUUUGAUAAGAGAACAAGGGGCUAGGAUAUGA